GGAUCAACAUUCAUUUGGCAACACUGUCUUUUUGCUUCGUUGACGUGGUGUAAUGUCAAGAACCUAUUCGUGUUUCGUGGUGUUGGUCGGCAAAAACAGGAAAAGGUGAUAGGUACAUAACCAAAUACUUUAUAUUUUCAAGUAAGAUUAGAGAAACAAUAUAAAGCAAAAUGCUGGACAGCAUAUUUGACGAUGUAAAGCGCAUGAACAAGCGACAGUUUAUGUACCAAGUGCUGAGCUUUGGUAUGAUAGUAUCAUCCGCCCUUAUGAUAUGGAAAGGUUUAAUGGUUGUAACUGGCAGCGAGAGUCCAAUAGUGGUUGUGCUGUCUGGUAGUAUGGAGCCAGCUUUUCACAGAGGCGAUCUGUUGUUUUUAACAAAUUAUCCCGAAGAGCCCGUGCGAGUGGGGGAAAUUGUUGUUUUCAAGGUUGAAGGUCGCGAUAUACCAAUCGUUCACAGGGUUUUGAAGCUCCAUGAAAAGAACAAUGGAACCGUAAAGUUUUUGACUAAGGGUGACAAUAAUAGUGUGGAUGAUAGAGGUUUAUAUGCCCAAGGACAGUUGUGGCUCACAAAGAAGGAUGUGGUUGGACGUGCAAGAGGUUUCUUACCAUAUGUUGGAAUGGUUACAAUUUAUAUGAAUGAAUAUCCAAAGUUUAAGUUUGCUGUUUUGGCCUGCUUAGCCAUCUAUGUCCUAGUACACAGAGAGUGACAGCCUCAAGAUCUGAUAUCCUAUACAAGAAACUGUGUAAAGGAGAUACAAUUGGCCGUGUGGAUGUAUUUUAAAUCUAUGAUUAAAUGAAGUUCUCUCUAGACUUAAUAAUAUAGUUAUUUUUUGGUGACUUAAUUUAUUAUUACAUUGUUUUUUUACUUGUCAAGGCAACUGUGGUGGCCAAACAAUUAAGUUUUAAAUGGAUUUAUAUACUACAUUUUUUAAAAUAAAUGAUAAAUAUCCCCUUUCUGUUAAUAUGUCAUGUUCACUCAAGAAUGUUCCCAUCCAGACCGUUAAUUAAAGGUUGUCAUGAACCACAACUGUA